AGCGGCUCCUUAUCGAACAUUCCUGAGAGAUUAAGCCUGACUUGUUUUUGUGCCAGCGAGAAAGUCAUCAUGGUUCCACAAUCGUUGUGUAACAAGCUCACAGUCAUCUUUGCGAUCGUUGGGUUGAGUUUUGAGUUCAUUCUUGGAACCUGCAUAGAACGCGACGAACAAAUACAAAAGUAUUUGACGUCUGACAAUUAUUUCAACAUAUCGAAGGCUGUAUAUCCUUCUGUGGAUCUCCCAUCUUUGCUUAUAAACAUAAGUGUGGUAUUCCUGGAGACAGCUGGCGAAAAGUCAAAUGGAAGUAACAGUUUAAGCACCCUAAAGCGAAAUGUUUCUCGAUCAACGCUACAUUUUACGUGGAGUAUGUCGUGCUUGUACGUUAGCGGAAGAGAAAUCAGCUUAGAGUCUAUGAAGUGGUUUUCCCUGGGGGCGAUUUUUCCGAACAGAAGAAAACGUGAAUUGCACAUAACAUUACCAGAACUCUGCAGAGACUCUCCUGUUGACAUAAACAAAACCAUGGAAUACUUCCUCUCCACGUUGCAGGAUAUAGCAGUUAAUCCACUUGUUUUUGAUCCAAGUCGGAACACGGUUGAGUGCAUCAUUCCAGGUCAUGAGAAGGCUCCACCUCUUCCUGGGCUGAAGAAGCUCUUACACACUUUAUGUUGGAGUUUACUUUAUAUUAGCCUCGUGAUGGGUACUUUUACAUCACAGUGGGUGAUAAAGAAGCUGAGGGUAUGGGACGAAGAGGAGAGUUGGAACAAGGACAGGAGUUGGAAGAAAAUUGCAGCGAUGAUGAUUUCAUCUGUAUUUCUCUUUUUUGGGAGCCUUAGUAUAAACAUUUAUGUAUUGAUAGAAACUAAAGAUUCAUAUGUUAUAGUUUUUUUGGGGUUUACAAUUUUUGUGCUUCUCCGAAGGGUAGUUUGGUGUACUUGGGUACACAUGGAUUGCAAUUACAAUUGCAUUCGCAAUAUUUUUGAAUGCUUUAAGAAAUUUAACCUUCGCGUUACCCAAGGCCAUGGACAUUUAACUAGUAAAAAUUUUGUUUCUAUUGUUUUUCUUUACCCAGCGAUAUUCAUGGCAUGUCAUCACUUGCUAUGGAUUUUACUUGGUGUGAUAACAGAACCAUUUUGGGGUUUUACAAUUUUAGUGGCUGUUAUUUCUGUUUGCACAAUUUUUUUCUUCCUUGUUUCCGAGCUCUUUGAUGUUCUUCCAGCACCUCAAAAUUCUGAUCCAGCCCAAGAUGACCAGCCCAGUGGCGACCAAAAGAAAGUGUUUAUCAUGUCUUUCCUUCUUUCCUUAGCCGUUCUGUCUGCGUUUGUGUUGUUGUUACUAGUUUUGUUUGCUGUUGCACAGGUUUUUCUUAGCGAAAGUUUGGUUGCUACGUUGGUUCAAAAUGCGUUGACGUUUUUUAUAACUGCAUGGUUUGGAUAUCUGGGGUUCAAAAAGGAGAUAACCACAGAGGAGUUAAAAAUAAUAAGGAGUGAAAAUAAUGGAAACAAUGGUGUGAGGAAAGAGGAAGGCAUAGGCAUGUCUGCUCGGGGAGACGCAGGGCCCAGUACCUAGCAAGCUGGACUCUGGAUGGAAGAGACUAGGUCUGUGCCCUGACUUUCACUGCCUCUCUCCAAUAAGGUGUGCAAAAUGAGUACCAACCAACUGCAGGGAAACCUGAAAAAAUGAAGGGUGGGAUAGCCUUUGAUGGGCUAUCAUCCUAUCAAGACUAGCAUCUCAUCUUAGUCGCUCUAAUGCUUCUGGAAGUAAUGAUAAGCACAAAUGAGUAAAGGGGGUAAGUUUCUAAAGAAACUGUGGUGCUGCGUCGGU